UCCUUCCUUCCUUCCUUCCUUCCUUCCUUCUUUCUUUUUCUUUUUCUUUUUCUUUUUCUUUUUCUUUCUUUCGAGAUAGGUCUCGCUCUGUCAACCAGGCUGGAGUGCCAUGGCACGAUCUCAUCUCACUGCACCUCUGCCUCCUGAUUUCAAGCGAUUCUCCUGCCUUAGCCUCCCAUGUAGCUGGGAUUAUAGGCCGUGCACAACCACACCCAGCUAAUUUACAUAUUUUUAGUAUAGACGGGGUUUUGCCAUUUGGCCAUGCUGGUGUUGAACUCCUGAUCUCAGGUGGUCCACCCGCCUCUGCCUCCCAAGGUGCUGGGAUUAUAGGCAUGAGCCACUGCACCUGGCCUGCUGGUUUUUCUAUUUGUUUGACCAAAGGAAUGCCAGGCCAAUUCGGUCUCCAAGCAAGCAACCAGAUCUAGUUAUGACUUUGCCUGAAAUUAAAUGGAGAAUUUGGUUUCAUGGACCAGUUCUUCCAUUUUUGGUAGCGUGGUUCAUCAUGGAGACUGCAGUUCUUACCAUGAUGAAUUUUAAAAAAGAAAUUUUUAUUUUUGUGUUUUCUGCUGUUUAAAUCAUGAUGAAUUUUUAGCAACCUCUCAUCUGUGCAGAUUCUCCCAAGAGAUAGUGAAUGCUUUAGGAACACUUUAUUCAGCUCAGCCUAAGGGAGAACAUGCCAGAAGCAUGGCUGGAUGAGAAAGGAGUGGCCUGCCUGGGAAAGUACUCCGUUCCCAUCUUCAGAAGGGACUGGUGGCAGCUGGGUGGCCUUUGGUGAGGAUGCUGCCUGCUUGAAUUGGCUGACCCGGAAGGUCAUCAAACUCUUGUGGCUUAUGAGUCCAGACAGAACAGGACACUGUGUGUCUUUUCAUGAGCAAGUGGCCAGAUGAGGAAAAGUACCCUAUGCUCUUUAAAAUCAAAAACAGGAUGUACUUUUAAAAAAAACUCAGUAUGCUUUAUUAGAAUUACCAUGUGCCAUAUCUAACUGAAUAUUCCAGAGCAUUUUAUUCUUUCCAGACAUAUUUUCUCAUACUUUCCUAGUUCCUUUGUGACAUCAUACGCUUAUUUUGUCCUUUAAAGUUAUCAAUAAUGUGAAAAAAAGUUGUUUUGUUUUCUUGGCUGGCUAGACGGUAGAAAACUUGGUCUUCCUCUCUUUUUUUGGGCAUAUGUGUAGAAGUUACUGAGUUAAAACUGAAAAGUCACCUUUAAUUUAUGGCAAUAUCAUAAUUGUAAUUAAAAAUUAAACUUUUUAUUUGGAAAUUGAAAAUCUACCCCAAAGUAGAAUAAAGAACCCCCAUAUACUCAUCACCAGAUUCAGUAUUUUCACCAUUUUGCCACUCUUGUUUCCUCUGUUCCCCUCCCUUUGUUUUUUCUUUUUAAAUUCCAAAUUGGAGAUCUCUCUAAAACUCAGUGAAGUGUCCUACCAGGUUGAAUCACAGUGGUGGAUCUGGUGUGAUUCUGAAUGUGGCAGGGCUAAAAGGAGGGAGUAGGCAGGCUGGCAGGGGCUGGUCGCUGACAUAAGUUUCCUCCGGCAGAACGAGGCUGGUGUUGGGGUGAACGGAGGCUCAGGCACUUUGACUCCUCUCCUACUUGACCUGCAGUACCUGCCUGACCCUUCUGGCCUCCAAGGAUGCCUUUGGCCAGUGACCUCACCAGUCGCUCAGCCAGCCUCCUGCUCUGCCCUGUCACUGCUCAAGUCAUAGUCGAUCAAAAGCCAGUUCUUUCCUUCUGCAGUUCCUUUCUAUUACCAUAAGAAGCAAGCCAGCUUCCUCUGGAGGAGAUAAAUGAGCAGACCUGAUUUGCCCAGAACAUAUGUCUCUCGUCAUUGUCCUAUUAGAAUUCAAGUUAAAAGGAGAACUGCACUCAACAGAAGGCCUCCCUCACCACCAAAGAUACCACACCAGCCGUCGUUUCACCAAGCUGAUAAUGUUCGGGGAACCCGCCACCACGGGCUGGUGGAGAGGCCAUGCAGGAACCGCUUCCACCCCCUCCACCGAAGGUCUGGGGACAAGCCAGGGCGACAAUUUGAUGGUAGUGCUUUUGGAGCCAAUUAUUCUUCACAGCCUCUGGAUGAGAGUUGGCCAAGGCAGCAGCCUCCUUGGAAAGAAGAAAAGCAUCCUGGGUUCAGGCUGACAUCUGCACUUAACAGGACCAAUUCUGAUUCUGCUCUUCACACGAGUGCUCUGAGCACCAAGCCCCAGGACCCCUAUGGAGGAGCGGGCCAGUCGGCCUGGCCUGCCCCAUACAUGGGUUUCUGUGAUGGUGAGAAUGAUGGACAUGGGGAAGUAGCAUCUUUCCCUGGCCCACUGAAAGAAGAGAAUCUGUUACAUGUUCCGAAGCCACUGCCAAAACAACUAUGGGAGACCAAGGAGAUUCAGUCCCUGUCAGGACGCCCUCGAUCCUGUGAUGUUGGAGGUGGCAGUGCUUUUCCACAUAACGGUCAAAACCUGGGCCUCUCACCCUUUUUGGGGACCCUGAACACUGGAGGGUCAUUACCAGAUCUAACCAACCUCCACUACUCGGCGCCCCUGCCAGCCUCCCUGGACACCAGCGACCACCUCUUUGGUAGUAUGAGUGUGGGGAAUAGUGUGAGCAAUCUCCCAGCUGCUAUGACCCACCUGGGUAUCAGAAGCUCCUCUGGUCUCCAGAGUUCUCGGAGUAACCCCUCCAUCCAAGCCACGCUCAAUAAGACUGCACUUUCCUCUUCCCUAAAUAACCACCCACAGACAUCUGUUCCCAGCGCAUCUGCUCUUCACCCUUCACUCCGUCUGUUUUCCCUUAGCAACCCAUCUCUUUCCACCACAAACCUGAGCGGCCCGUCCCGGCGUCGGCAGCCUCCUGUCAGCCCCCUCACACUUUCUCCUGGCCCGGAAGCACAUCCAGGUUUCAGCAGACAGCUGUCUUCAACCAGCCCACUGGCCCCAUACCCUGCCUCCCAGAUGGAGUUUCGCUCUUGUUACCCAGGCUGGAGUGCAAUGGCGCGAUCUCGGCUCACCGCAACCUCCGCCUCCUGCGUUCAGAUGGCAUCCUCAGACCAAAGCCGGCUUUCCUUCCUGCCCACAGAAGCUCAAGCCCAGGUGUCCCCACCGCCCCCGUACCCUGCGCCCCAGGAGCUCACCCAGCCCCUCCUGCAGCAGCCCCGCGCCCCGGAGACCCCUGCUCAGCAGCCCCCAGAAGCCUCUUCCCUGCCACAGUCAGACUUUCAGCUUCUCCCAGCCCAGGGCUCAUCUUUGACCAACUUCUUCCCAGAUGUGGGUUUUGACCAGCAGUCCAUGAGGCCAGGCCCGGCCUUUCCUCAACAGGUGCCCCUGGUGCAGCCAGCUUCCCGAGACCCACAGGACUCUUUCCAUUUGAGACCAAGCCCAUAUUCCAACUGUGGAAGUUUCCCAAACGCCAUCCUGACAGAAGAUGCCAGCUCCAGCCUGUUCAAAGACCUCAGCAGCGCACUGGCAGGCCUGCCGGAGGUCAGCCUGAAUGUGGACACUCCGUUUCCACUGGAAGAGGAACUGCAAAUUGAACCCCUGAGCCUGGACGGACUCAACAUGUUAAGUGACUCCAGCAUGGGCCUGCUUGACCCCUCUGUUGAAGAGACGUUUCGAGCGGACAGACUGUGAAAACUCCAGUGCAGCAGGAGAACGUUUUUCUGCAACAGCCAACACAGAAUGGAGCCAGCUGCCACCCCGGGCUUUAGUUAUCCUGACAUGGAAGGAACCAAUGCCACGGUCUAGGCUUUCCAGGGAGGUCCCGUCGCAGACACGGUGGCUUCCUCCAGAUCACACAGCUAUGUCCUGCUCUCCGGCCUGUGGCCAACUUUGUGUUGCAGCAGGCAGGCUGCUUGGAGCUGCCGUGAACUGGAAGCUCAUCUCCACUCUGUCUUUGUAUUGGCCGUCCAGUCAGUCGAUGUGCAGAGAAGAAAAAAUUGUGUUACGGGAGCCUCCAUAGCAUCGCAUAGUGCUCAGAACCACUGAUUUCCAUCCACACUGAAGGUGGGACUGGAGCAGCGGCGGGAGGGAAUGCCUCCAUGCCUGCUUAGACCUGACCCGGAGGGUGAGCCCCUCCUGCAGGGGACAUUCCCAGGCUGAGCAGACGCCCCAGCUCUCGUCCAUGCCUGAAUUAUAACAUGAAGUUUUGCCCUAAGUCUGGGGUAAGCUGGAGUCAGGCAGAUGGAGGCUCAUUUUAUUUUCUCCCAGUUGGUUUCUGCUGCUUCAGUACCUUUUCCUUCUGGACGGGGGGAGGAGGAGGAAGACCAUUUUCUCCAGUCACUGAAAAGUCCCAUGGCACUGAUGAGCCUGAAGAGAACCGUGCUUCUUCCUAGGGUGUGGGAAAGGAAGACGCAGACUGAGGUGGCCUCUGGACAAACUCCAGAUAAGCACGGAGCUCCCCACUUAGAGCAGCUGGAAGGAGCUGAGGUGCUAACCACACCCACGGAGCAGCUGAGCUUCCCAUCCUGCCCCAGAGCUGUCUCUGUGGACUGGGGGCGUCACGUCCCCCACGCAGACCGUAAGCUCCUUGAGGGCAGGAACAGUGCCUUCUUCAUUGUUGAACUCAUGCAUGGCAGCACAUUCGUGUGCUGGAGUGAGUGCUGUGAACUGUGUGUGCGGUGUGUGAUGAGUGACUGGUCCCCCACGCUAUAAGGCAGGCUAAUCUGUAGCUAUCCCCACUCACUCCCUGCCAAAUCUCAGAGCUCUAGCUUUUCUUGCACUCGUGCCUAUGGUGAAGCAUGCACUUUUUAAUAUGCUUUUAACACUAGGUGAGCAAACCCACAGUGAAGCUGGGCACCACAUUCUCCUGGGGCUGCGUUCCAUGCGGGCGGGUGAGAGCUAUCUUCUGUGUCCAUCCGGAAGGGCUGAGCAGGUGGGGACCCCGAGGGACUUCUCAGAUAUGUUUUCCUUUAACUUGCUUCAAAUAGAGAUUCAUUCUUUGAGGUUGAAAAAAGAGUUUAUGGUGAAAGGAAGGCCUAAUUCAUGUAAGCAUCUUUACACAUUAGUACCUUCUCAUAAAACAGAUGGACCAGUUAUCCACCUCUGCCUGCCUCCUCUAACUUAGGGUAGCCCAGGAGGUUUGCAGAGGGCAGAGCACUGCAGGGGAGGAGUCUAGGCUGUGAGAAGACAGGGUGGAGAGGAGGAGAACCUGAAGGAAAGACAAAAGGACAGCCACUGCCUUUCCAGGAGUGUUGCUGAAGGUCACUGGACUGCUCCACCCAGAGGAGCAAGGCUGUGUGAGGAGGGGCUGAAUCUAGCACACCUGUCCCUGGUGCAGAGGGAGGGUGUCGCCAGGAGACUCUGGGCUGGCUCGCCUCUCCAGACCUCAUUCCAUUUCUAUCUUCUGACCUUGCCUCUAAUCUUUAAAUAACCCUCAGGGGGUACCCCACUGCCUUCCUCUAGAAUCCGAGUAUUCCUGUUUCACAUUUGCCCCACAUUUUUGCUGUGGAAUUAGGACAUCAAACCAGAGCCCUCCUCCCCUGAUUCCCAGCUCCGGAAGGGCCUGCCCUCGCCAGGCCUGUUCCCAGUUACACUUUCAGACCCCUUUGUGCUCAGGAUCUCAGGGGGGAGUGACUUUGUUCCAGAGCCUUUGGUCAUAAUGCUACCUGCAUCCCAGUGUGCCAGAAGAAGCCAGCUCCAAUCUCAAAGGUCCCCCAAACCUGAUCUUAUUCCCAACAGGGGAUGGUGCUGAUGUUCUAAGGGUUCUGAAGUCCCAGCACACCCCACUCUGCACAGUGCCUUACCUGUGGGGGUCACCAUAGGGUCCCAGUGCAGUCUGUCUGCACAGCAGCCACCCUGCCAGGCAACAGGAGACACCACGACCUCCACAGUGAACCACACUGCCCACCAGCAUCCUCCAGGUACCUUGUGAAAACGGGGUCACCAGGGGGAAUGAUUAGUUGAUUGGGGGCAUGUACUGGUGGCAAUAUGGUUUAGCACUGAAUUCAGUUUGUCCUGAGGUCUCUCAUUCCGAUCUUUCCUUCUGAAAGGGUUUGGGCAUUUUACAACUCACCACUGCCAGGUUGGAUGGGUCCCACUAGCCCGAAGCACGUGGGCCUGCACUCACUGCGGCCUUUGUAACAAAACCAGUCAUGGCCCUCGGCACUUAAAGUGGCUGCAUACUUCAUAGUAAACUAUUCUUCAGUAUUUAGUUUUGUCAUAAGAAAUCGAUCACUGUACUACUCUCACAGCAGUUAAACAGCAUAGAACUAAAAGCCUGUGUUUCCACUUUUUCUUUCUGUAUGGUUAUGGGUUUUAGGACAUAGGGCAUUAGGAGAAAGUUUUCCUGAUCAUGUCAGAAGUUCUUCUUUUUGUCCCUUUUCUCCUGUUUCAUUUCUCCUCCAUUUACUGUCUAUUACCUAAGCUGAAGCAUUGUAUCUUCAAGUCCAGAUGCGCAUUUGGAGACACUGACCAUUCCGACUCGUUGGCUCUUCUGAUUUAUGCACAGAUGGUUCCAAGCAUGUGUCCAGUGCCUUGUGGAUGGGACCAUUCCAGCAACUCAUCAGCCUUCCGGCCAGUGUCCAAACCCAGGGCACCCUGUUCAACCAUAUUUAAAGAUUAGAAUUUGUAUAAAGUUGCUUCCAAGUUUUAUAAUGCAUCAUUUUUCAUCUUUCAUAAUUAAAAGCAGCACAAUGUGGUUGUCUCUGCA